UGUCACUGACGAGAAUAUGAUAAGAAUAUUUAAUCACGCUGUCGAAGAUAGAAAGGGCGUGGGGCACUAAUGAUACGUGCUCUACAUAGUUCCGUAAUUCAAUCGACACGUAUGUACAUACGGAAAUUCUCACUAGUGUUAACUCAAAUUUAAAUACAAAAUUCAAUUAUUCGUUUACUUGGAUAGCAUGGAAAUGAGGUUAGGUAGAAAUUAAAAGUCCCAGUGUAAAUUACACGUGCGCACCGACUACGAAAAUACCAGGCAGAAUUUAAUAUCCAUUUGUAUGAUUAUUUGCAUAAACGUAACCGUCUCGUAGCAGCAGUAAGCGGUGGUGUAAAAUCAGCGCCGGCAUUGGCUCGGCACGUGUCGCGCGCACAGCGCUCGUGAACGUGAUCUGCUGGUGAUUUAUUAACGAAGAGGUCAACGGUGUCGUUGGUUAUGGCGGUACUGCUCUGCGAUCGUUUGGCGGGAGAUACAGCGUGCAGUUAAUAUCGGUGUCUCGCGAAUUUCAGAGAAACGUCUUCCGCGUUGGCGCCGCGUGCUGCUGCAUGCGUCUCCUCUCGCUUUAAAGUGCUUUUAUUGCGCCGGGCACGAUGGACUUUGAUCAUAACUUGGUGUUCAAUCAUGCGUCCGCGUUAGCCCCGGUUCUUUUAAUUUUCGCUAUGAGUUUAACGAUUUUCUAUAAGCUAAGAAUGAGAUGGCCGAUGAAAGUAAACUGCUGGUUUUGUAACGAGGACGCGAAGAUCUUGAGGCAAAGUCUGGAUUGGUGGUUGUGUCCCUGGUGCGAACAGUACAAUGGCUUUUCCAAGACUGGUGAUUAUUCGUUCAACAUUCCGGAACAGUACACGUCAAGCAAGUGUGCAAGAUACUGCAAAGCUGCAAGAAACAUAGGCAGUAGCCCGAGUCUCUGUAUGGAUUGCAACGAACGGGAAACCGUGAAAUUAACAGCGUUGUCCAACUUCGAGCCUAGAAACGAAAGGUUUUACGAUCGAGAGCUCAAAACUUUCAAGAAGGACCUGGAGGAAAAAUAUCCAGUGUGUAACAAGUGCAAGUCGAUGGUGUCGGGAGUGUUGAAAAAGCAGGCGUUGUGGCUCACUCGUUACAAGAUGCUGUUCUUUCGGCAGAAACCAGUCAAAGCGAUUAUUCAUAAAGCGAGAAAGUGGGGGAUGGUCUUUCGAGUUAUCUCGAUAACCCUCGACUCAGUUGUCGUUUAUAAUAACGACUUGAUGUGGCCGCCAGUCGGUGGAUUAUUCUUUCACUUAUGUGCUACUUGGGCGUGUUCGAUGAAAACAAAUAAUUACAACACGUUAUUAACAUUUUUAUGGUUCUGCAUUAUUCUUCUCACAUUUAUCAAGAAUCUAACAAUUCCUCCAAUUUUCUGGCUCACAUCGGAGCACGUUGUACAGUAUCAUAUGAUAACAAUAUGCGCCUCUAUUAUAGUCUUCGUCAGCGCAAAAGCCACCUCGUGUAAAAAUACAUUGACUGGGUCAGUGGCGUUUAAGAAGCUCGGGCAGAAUGUCUAUGAUUAUCACGAUGAAGACGAUGUUUUAAAUGAGACGAGCAGCAGUACUGAAACAGCUUCUGAAAUAAGCGAAUUAAAUGUAACUGAAGUCAACCCUCAAUUAGCAAUAUUGAAACAGUUCACGACUAUCGUCAGCAACAACAGAAGUAACGCGAACUUCCUCUCUCAGAGCAAGAACGGUUCGCAAAAUGCUUUCUGUCUGGACGACAGUCUGAGCACCCUCUCACUAAGCGAGGACUCGCGAAGGUGCAGCAAUAAUGCAACAGCGACAGCAACGAUCUUCGAGAGAAGGAUAUACAACGUAACGAGCUCCGAGAAUCUGUUCAGGAAGUCCGGUAACGCAUCUAACAAGAGGUACAUCCUGGCGCCGCCGAAGCUGAGGUCCGUCACGCAAACGUCAUGGGUAGCCGGCGGCUACUGGCAGGAGAGUAUGAUGACCCCGCCGCCGUCGACGCUCUCGCGAUCGUCUAGCCAGAGUUCCGGUUUCGGGUCAGCUGGUUCGUCGAACCUCGCGUUCUCCCGCGAGCCGUCCGUGCAUGAAUUCGACCGGUGCUCCGUCAUGUCGGACGGCACGCGGUCGUGCCAUACACCGCGGCCGACACACGCGGUGUCAGCGAAUCCUGCGAGACGCGGUUCACCGGCGCCGCAGUUUCACUCGCAGCCGCGCUUUGGCGACGCAGCGACGAUGAGCGAUCAUCACUCGCCGUCCGUAUCGUCGCCACUGCUUCGCGCAACGUACAACAGGGAGAACUGUGUUCAGGAGGGCUACGUCUCCCGGGACCCGGACGUCGACCAGCGGAACGGCCCAAUGCCGGUGUACCCAAACCACACGACGAUCAUCGCGAGCCCCGGCUGGCUAUCCGCGAUGUUCUGCGGCUCCUUAGUAUUGAACAUGAUAGUGCUGUGUACCAUGUUACUACAUAUAUUACAUUAGCAAGCAAUUAGUCACCGCCGGGUGUGUUCAUAGUAAUUUUAGUGAUUACUACUGCCGCAUUUAUGUGAUCGAACGAGCGUUAGUGUUACCAAUCAAUCCCCUAAUUCGGGUAUACUUUUUCCUUUUUUUCGUUUUCGUUUUCUUUCUUUUUUUACCUUCUCUAUUUCACCAACAAUUUUUUUACUGCUGCUGCUGUAAAAUCUUCGGAUUUUAUAAGGGUUUAGCACGUUCGUUGCCACGCACUUGUCGCACGUGUGACGCACAGAUAGAUUUCUGACGUGCGACAGUGAUUGUUUUAUAUUGUUGUAUUUCACAUUUAAGGGCAGGCUACCUUUGCAAUAUCAAAAAGAAAAAAAAAGUGCGUGUUGGACUGUAGCGAUUUUCCAACCGCACGGCGGUAGCGAACGUGUUAAUCUCGAGUUCUGCUUAGGUGUGAGGUAACGUAAGUAAUUUAAGUAAUACUAAUAUAUAUUUCUCUCUCGUAAAACGAGUAUUUAUGGAUGAACGACUAUUACUGCCAGUUAAAAGAGACGACCGAAAUCUUCUGUUCUGCUGAAACAGUCGACUUGACGUUACACUGCCAAACUUGCUACCUGUUACAGAUUUACGUACUUUGGUCGAACAUAUCCGCUGAUCUUUGUGAAUUUUGUAAACGCGCAAACGCAUUUACACUCUUUUUACACGGUUAUACAGUUAAAUACAACAGUUACAUAGAGUUCGCGCGCGAAUACGUUAUACAAUUUUCGGAUCUCGAGUCGCAGCAGAGCCGCAGUACGCGAUAUAUACGUGAAUAUAGCGGAAGCGAAAAUUGCGCUUGCGUGUCAUCAUCUUGGGAUAAUUUUGUACAAAAAGAAAGAAGAGUUUCCGUUAUAGACAAGAGACGAAAUAUUUUUAUUAGAAUAUCUUACAUAUACAUUUAACGUAUCCUAUAUAGUAAUAUUUUUGUGUUGAAUAUUUAUUGUUUAUAUAUAUUAUAAUAUAUUUGAAUUACUAUAUCGGGUCACUUAUGUAUAAUAUAUAUGACACACUUUGCAAAGCAAUGUUUCUCCUUUGCACAAGAUUGUCUCAAAGAAACGGGACAUGCAAAUGUUUUAUUCACACGCAUAAUUCUGUUGACUUGAGAAAAAGAAAUGUUAAAGGAACCGGUAAACGAUAAUAAAUGUGCGUCUCACAUUCUGACUAGCAAUUCGUCUAGAAACGAAAAAGAAAAAUGCUGAGGAUAUCUCGUUUUCCAUACAUAAUGUUAUCGAUUGUAUAUAUAUAUCGUGAAGAACUUUAUAAAGAAAAGGGAUCUAUGACAAGUAUAUACAUACGCCUCUUAGCUCGUAUGAACGAAGAAACUUGUUAUAAUUAUCAUGUUACUUAUUGUAUUCUGAUUAUUAUACGUUUUGAUAUCUGCGAUAUUGGACGACUAUUAUUAUAUUAACGAGAAUAAAACAAUCUUUUACAACA